GCGCGUGUCAUGCCUCUGAAGAGCGAAGUCGACGCCCUCAUUAUAGUUAUUAUCCACAGACAACGAGUGAGCGACAGCGAUCGAAAAUCCAGCUUUACUGAUCCAGUACCAUUUUCAACAAAGCAAUCCAUCCAAAUAUACGAAUCUCACUGAGCAACAUAAUCAGAGCAAAGCUGCUGCUUACAUCUGGCCGUCUCCGUGAUGUUCCAUAAAAGCGCGUUUGCCGUUCUUAUAUUCCUCCACCUCUUCUCUAAAGCAGCUGCACAAGUAAAACCAAACUUCUACUUUUAUCCGCAAGCCGCUCGAGCCUGUUUAGACCAAGCUGGAUUUACUUCCAGAUGUGAAGGCAAAGACACGCAGUCCCUUAAUGCUUGCCUGUGCGGCAACGGCGGCAACUUUAUCACCAAUACUGCCAUCUGCCUUGGCCAAAAUGGUCGCAAUGAACUGGAAGACGUGUACGAACUCAUGGCCAGUGCGUGUUCCAGAACCAAAACACCCAUCAUACUCUCUCCAAAAGAAUUUGUUGACGCGGCCGAAAGCGGCGACGUUGUUGCAGCUCCCACUACAGCUCGAGCUACAGUCGCACCACUGCCUGCAACCACAUCGAUACCUAUGCGCACAACAUCGCGGGCAGCGACACUCACAACAUCAUCGAUAUCUACUACAGUGGAAACUGUCUCAUCAAAAAUCUUAAAAACACCUAUAACGUCAGCCUCUACCACCUCGACAAGACAAACUUGGGCUGACAAAACCGAAACCGAUAAAGCCAUAAUGGACAAUGGCGAGGACAAGGGUGAGCAGACCAAAACGCUAUCGAAAGGGGCUGCCAUUGGAAUUGCAAUAUUCUUUUCUCUCACUAGUCUUGUAAUUAUUGGCGUCUGCACAUGGUUUCUCAGACGACGGAAGCGCAAGACAAAGCAGGAAGGAUAUCGAUCGAUGCCAUCUCCAAAAAGCUUCGGAGGUAUAUCACAACUACCGAUACCGCAACCUCCCCAUCUACCUAUCUUCCGACAUAAUGAUAAACUAGAAUACAGACAAAAUCUCGAACCACAGGUGACUACCUGUAAUACAGAGUACUUCCAAGGCAACGCCAAGGAGAAUCCAACCCCGUCAGCGAUACUAGUCAUAGGAUAUUCGCCGUCGUCACCACAGUCUCGGCCCUCGCAGCCACAUAGUUCACAUCCUGAAGUAGCAGAAUUGCCGGCCGAGGUGAUUUUCGUGCAACAGAAAGAACGAGAACCUAUUUUUGAGUUGGAAUCCAAUGAAGCACUACGGCGUUAUCCUGGUGAUAGAUAAUAGGAAGUCGAUUAAAUAUCCCCCAAAUGCACUCUUACAACUUUUAUAUGAUAUUCACAGGAACUGAAAACCGUAUUUAUAUGCUGAAAAAGCGCGAUUGAUGGUACAUACGACCAUAUAUACAAGAGAAUUU